AUGGCCACUCCCUCCAGCGGCCGAAAGGUCUACAAACUACUCACGAUAGGGGAAUCUGGUGCUGGCUCAAGUUCCUUGACACUCAGAUUCUGUGUCGGCCGGUUCGUAGAAGUGGACUCCCCAGUCGACGGCGAGUACCAGAGGUCUUGGGUCGUGAACAACGAGCCCUGCCGCAUCGACGUCUUCGACACCGUGACCUUUCGUGAAGAGGGAGCAGGUUGCGACGUCAGGGACUCGGACCUGCAGCAGUGCAAGGGCUUUCUGGUAGUCUACAGCAUCGCAUCGGCCCGCUCGCUGGAAGUCGCGAGGUUCUGGCACGGCAAGAUCCAGCGCGUCAAAGGCUUCUCGAAGGGUGCCAUGCCGGCUGUACUGGUGGGCAACCAGUGCGAUACGGAGCACAGGGAGCGAUUUCUCAAGGAAAAGCAAGAAGAAGACGACAAGAUGGGCAGGACCUCUUCAGUGAAGUCCCAGACCGAUGACACUGGAACGGUGAAGACUACCGACUCGAGCAAAAGUGGAAAGACGAUGGCGUCAGGGUCCAACCCGUGGUACGAUCAACUCGACAACAAUAACGUAUUUGAUGUGGAUAAGUCAAGAGACCCAAGCAACAUCGACGACCUCAUAAUGAUGCUCAAUCGGGGCCUUAGUUCGCCCGAGCCUUCAGAGAAAGAGUGGAAGGAGUUUUGGUUCAACAACGGGCCGAUAGCCGCCCCGCAACCCGACUUCGUUGAAGGGGUUACCACUGACGUACUUGUGAAAUAUCUGGAUUCUGCGGAAAUAAAGGAGAAUUUUGCACUCAGCAGUGGAAGCAAAUACCCCCUAGGUCUGACACACUUGGCUGGGGAGUGGAAAAGGUUCGGUGGGGAUGAAAGGAAGGGUCACCGGCAAGCUGCAUACGAUGGCGCUGCAUUGGUCCAUCGCAGAAUGGAAGCACUCGAGAAGAUCAACGAGAUCAAUCAGCUCUCGCCAACCAGUAUCAGCAAGACAAAGCCUUCCAGGUCUCGCAAAGACCCGAAUGCGGGGACGAAGGAAGACACGAUGAAGAAAUCGAAGAAGGAGGCGGUGGAUGACACGAAAGGGGAUGCCGCCGCCGUGCUUACUUUCUCUUCGGACGGAAUUACACUCCUAUUAUUUUGUAAUUACGCCGUACCGUUAGAUUUGGGGUCAGGGUACGAAUACCACCAAGUCACGCUUGACACCGCGUUCAUAUCAAAUGCUGGUGGUGAAAGACGAGCUACCCACGUAGAAUGGUUGAAGGGGGGCCGAAUGUUGCGCAACGCGCAAGACUGGGCCAAAGCACAAUGUAUUGAGCUGCGAGACAGCUUGACGAAGCAAGAAUAA